GUUCUUGAGUGUGGAGUCUGUGAAGAUGUAUUUUCUUUGCAAGGUGACAAAGUUCCCCGGCUGCUUUUGUGUGGCCAUACUGUCUGCCAUGACUGUCUUACCCGACUUCCCCUUCAUGGCAGAGCAGUUCGUUGUCCUUUUGAUCGACAAGUUACUGAACUAGGAGAUUCUGGUGUCUGGGGCUUGAAAAAGAAUUUUGCUUUGUUGGAACUCUUGGAACGGUUGCAGAAUGGACCUGCUGGGCAGUGUGGGACAGCAGAAGAAGCCAUUGGUCUAUCUGGAGAGAGUAUCAUUCGUUGCGAUGAAGAUGAAGCCCAUGUUGCAUCUGUGUAUUGCACUGUUUGUGCCACUCACCUGUGUGCAGACUGUUCCCAGCUUACUCAUUCUACAAAGACACUAGCGAAACAUAGGCGUGUACCUCUUGCUGACAAGCCUCAUGAGAAGACCAUGUGCUCCCAACACCAAGUGCAUGCUAUUGAGUUUGUUUGUUUAGAAGAGGGCUGUCAGGCGAGUCCUCUUAUGUGUUGUGUCUGCAAGGAAUAUGGGAAGCAUCAAGGUCAUAAGCAUUCUGUCUUGGAACCAGAAGCAAACCAGAUUCGUGCAUCCAUUUUAGACAUGGCCCACUGUAUAAGAACUUUCACAGAAGAAAUCUCAGAUUAUUCCAGAAAACUAGUUGGAAUUGUUCAGCACAUAGAAGGAGGAGAACAAAUAGUUGAAGAUGGAGUUGGAAUGGCGCAUACAGAACAUGUGCCAGGGACUGCAGAGAACGCUCGCUCGUGUGUCCGAGCCUAUUUUUCUGAUCUUCAUGAAACCCUUUGUCGUCAGGAGGAAAUGGCUCUUAGUGUUGUUGAUGCUCACGUGAGAGAGAAGUUGAUUUGGCUUAGGCAACAGCAAGAAGACAUGACUAUCCUCUUGUCACAGGUUUCAACAGCUUGCCUUCAUUGUGAAAAGACUUUACAACAGGAUGACUGCAGAGUAGUGUUGGCCAAACAGGAAAUUACAAGAUUGCUAGAAACAUUACAGAAACAGCAGCAGCAGUUUACGGAACUGGCAGAUCACGUGCAGCUGGAUGCUAGUAUACCUGUCACUUUUACAAAG